CGGCAGUUUGCCGAACGGUUCGAGUCAUGAUACCUUGCCAAUCACCCCAGUUCUUGGUUCAGAGAUAACGCGAAAUAAUUGAGGGGAUUCGACGAUCUGGGGAACUAGAGGUGUCGCCAUUGCACAAGAGCCGAGACCCUUCCAAUACACCAGAGAACCUCUUCCCACGUUGGGUCGUACUGUAGCUCUUCCAGCCCCCUCCGGUACCAGCAACCAGCAACCAGCAAACAGCAAACAGGAACCAACCUUCUCAUCUCUUGUUACAUCCCUUAUCGGUUGUCAGGGCGAUCUCGAUUGGUGAGACCUGAUCUGAACCAAGGAUUCAAAGAUGGACAGGCGAGUCAUGCCAGACCUGCCAGUCACUGAGCUUCCCUCGAAGCGGCAACGGCUCGAUGCUGUAGCAGGUGCUCAGCAGAAGCAAGCCCAACCACCGCCAGUUAAAGUAGAGCUUGGUCUUAGCCCCUUGACUCCUCGGGACUUCUAUGACCAUUCAUGUAACCUCAACGGCGCCGACCUUCACACUUCCCCAAACUCAGGUGGUGAGUGUAGUUUAUUCCAAUCUCCGGCGGCUGGGAGCUGGACGCAGGAUGGCUUUUCGCAGGACCCAAACUUCCUCGCGUCACAGGAGGAAUUGCGAUGUUUUCUGUUUUCGCUGGCGAACUCAGCGGUCCCGACCCGGGCAUCCAGCCCCGACGCGGUGGACAGUGGAGUUCAGCUGGAACGAUUGUCUCAAGCCUCGACCAAGGACGGUCGGGAUUCAUGGCAUGCCCCACUGUCUGAGGGGAGGCGUAUUUACUAUCUCAAGAUUUAUGUGAGUGAAGUGGUACCAUGGCUUGACAUGUUCGACUCAGAAUGCACCUUCCGCCAUCAAAUCCCAGCCCUCGCCCAGGGGUUUCCGGCUCUUUCUAAUGCCAUUCCAUGCCUUCUCAACAAGACAGAUCGAGCUCUUGAAUUGUAUCAGGAGGCCAUCCGGCGACUGAGUCCACUUCUCCAGGUGCACGACACAAAGGUCGUGGCGGCCUGCGUACUUCUUUGCUGCUUGGAGAUGAUGUCGGCCAGGGCACAAGACUGGCGCCGUCACUUGGAGGGUUGCGCUGCAUUAUUCAGUGCAUUUGGUAUCCAAGGCUUCAGUCCGGAGUGUUACAGGCAGUAUUUUGGUGUUAUGCGAGGAUGGACCUUUGCCGUGCGCUUAUCUCUGAUGGCACGCAAACUACAGUUUUACACCCGUCCAAAUGGUUGCCUCCAGGCUGUCAAGAAGAGGAUGCAUAUCGACUAUUCCAAAAUGUCAAGACUCCGGACAUGCACGCAAAUCACGCGGUAUAUCUCUGUCUGGAAGCGACGCAGCUGGUUUAGGAUCGUACAAGGUUCGUCGAAUUGGGCGAAGAUAACGGAUGUACUACCGAGCAAUUUCAGUCCCGUUGGUUUCGUGUCUGGAACGAGCUUCAGUGCUGGCUAAAUGAGCGCCCAAGUGAGAUGCUUCCUCUCCAGACUGUCCAUCGCAGCCUUUUCCGCAUAUUUUGUUCGUCCCUUGGGCUGCAAUAUCGUCAAACCAGCUGGCGCUUCGAACUGCCAUUUCGGGGUUACCCCAGCUUUUCCCCUUUUUGAUCCUGCCGGACAAUCGGUCUUAGUUCUACACUGGUUUAUAUAUCCACUGAUGACCAGUAGAGCCACUCUUAAAUCUAUUUUAAGCCUAUCUUACGUUGAAG